UGUAGUUCGUAAAAAGAUCUGAUAUGACCUCGCCUCCUACGUGUCUUAUUAUCUUUCGCCAACUUACCAAUCAACAGAAACUAGUUUCUCAUUACAUAAAGCGCAUGAGCUCGUGUUCGUUAUGAAACUCCCCUGGAAAUCCCCGGAGCUAGCUCACCAUACUAUAUAUAUUAGGUGAACCCCCAAGUCCACUCUGAGAGCUCGAAGAUCUCCUGAAGUGUGUUGUUUGUUUGAGGCCUAACCUAACUCGCUAGUGAUUACCUUUUGUUGUUGAUGUUGUAACAUAAGUCUUUAGUAAACUGUAAACUAGACUACAGUCAUCUCAAGGCGGACGUCAACAUGGACGCUGUGCUGUUUUGGACCAUCCUUGUCUCUGUCUUCUGUGGUUUUGUUGUGUUGCAAGAACAGGAAGAUGCAAAAGUGGUCGAAGUUAACAAUCAGUUUGCACUAAAUCUCUUGAAGUCACUGGAUAGGAAAAAUAAUGUUCUUAUCUCACCUUGGAGCUUAUCCGUGUCUUUGGGGAUGGCUUAUCUAGGUGCUGCUGGUGGUACUGCUCAAGAAAUGGAAGAAGUUUUAGGUUAUCGCACUCUGGGGAUCGAAGGUGAGUUUCUUCAUAACGGUUUCAAAAAGGAACAGGGUAGAAUCAACAGCAUCCAGGAACAGUACCAACUCAGCAGUGUAAACGCAGUGCUCAUUCACAAAGGAUACACCAUUUCCAAAUCUUACUCAGAUGGUUUGGAAGACUAUUAUCAAUCCUCUUUAAAAGAGGUAAAUUUCACAGACCCUGAGACGGUUUUGCAGUGGGCUAACGCAUGGGGCUACUGGGCUUCUAAGAGCAGUAUCCAAAAUCUCCUGAGAGAUUCGCCGUCGAAAACCACUAAGCUAUUGUUGCUAAACGGUGUUUAUUUCAAGGGGAAGUGGCUGAAACAAUUUGACCCUAAAAACACGCAAGAGGAAGUUUUUACCACUGAAAACGGUCAAGAGGUUGUGGUUCCGAUUAUGCACGAGACGUUCAAUGCUUCCUAUGCUGAGUAUCCAAAGCUUGGUACCUAUGCUGUAAGCUUACCUUACACUGACGAAGAACUAAGUUUUAUAGUGCUUCUUCCAUCAACGAACAGUGACCUAAAGACUGUGGAAAAGGGGCUUACGACAGCUAUAUUGGAUGACAUCUUAGCCCACAUGACAUCUGAACAAGUUAGAGUUGGCUUACCUAAAUUUGAAUUAAAAUAUAACCACAAAAUGAAAGAAGCUCUGAAGAACAUUGGCAUGCGGUUAGCGUUUAGCGAGAUUAAGGCUGACUUUUCUGGAAUCACCGGAAAACGUGACUUGCACGUGGAAGAGAUUAUUCAUCAAACUGUGAUACAAGUAAGCGAAGAAGGCACGGUGGCGGCAGCAAACAGCGUUGUUCAGCUCGGCAAUAGACGAAAAUCCUUAGAGUUAACUAUUAAUAGACCUUUCUUGUUCUUUAUCCGUGACAACAGAAGUGGGAUCAUCCUUUUUAUGGGCCGAGUUGUCAUGUUGUAGUACUAAAAGACAAACAGUCGUAUAUGUUAUACUUUGAUUUGUUAUUUGUUGUUACUCAUCACGACGAGGAAUAAAAUAACUUAAUAUUAAGUAUCAUCAAGAU